CUUAAUAUCCAGGGGCCCAGGGCGAGGAAACCUACGGUGGCCCGUAGGACUGCCCACCAAGCCUCGCGAGAAUACGGAGCUCCUCCCACAGGACGCGCUUCAGCGCCGGCCCAGGCCCCGAUCCCGCCCCCAAGAGAGGAAAGACGCGGCCGCCAUGGAUGGGCAGCCGCCCCGCGGCGGCGACGGGCCCCUGGCCGAGGCCCACGCGCACUUCCGUAGGGGCGAGCACGACGAGGCCGAGGCGCUCUACUCAGCUUACAUUCGCCAGUGCGCCUGCGCAGAUGGGGGAGCGCGUGCCGCCCCCCAAUGCUCCCUGGAGGAUCUGGCCACUGCCUACAACAACAGGGGUCAAAUCAAAUAUCUUCGGGUCGACUUUUACGAAGCCGUGGAUGAUUACGCUGCUGCCAUCGAAAUCCUGCCCCAGUUUGAGGUCCCCUACUACAACCGAGGCUUGAUAUUUUAUAGGAUGGGACAGUUUGAUGAAGCUUUCGAAGAUUUCAAGAAGGUGUUAGACUUGAAUCCUGGCUUUCAAGAUGCAAUACUGAGCUUAAAACAGACUCUUCUAGAUAAAGAAGAAAAACAAAAAAGAAAUUGUUAGAAAUCCUACCAUAAUUAAAACUUCUACUGAUUUUUUUUCACCUGAUAAUCAGAAUUUUGUUUGUUAUUGACUAAAGCAGAACUCUUGGAGAUAUUUUCAUUCCCCCCAAAUGCUUGAUAAUCAGGUGGGAGCAAUGCUGGGCCCAUGGCCUGGGUGGUUUUCAGGAUGACUAAACAGGGGCAGUCAUUUUAAAUGCUUGUGUUGAGCGAUGAUUUUCAAAUGUUCAAAUAUUUGAAUGGGUAAAAAUGUGCAUUAUUGUAGCUGAGAGUUACAGAGGCGUGCAGUUUUUCUUUAAUGAUCCUAUUGUAGUAGGUCAUUGUUAAAACAAAAAUUACUGGGAUAAAAAAAAAGAAUUAACUUCUCCAUGAAGUAGACUUUGAAGUCGUGCAUUCCUUACAUGGUUAUUGUCAAGAAGGUACUUAGCGCACCUUAGCAGCCUCCUGAGAGCGGUAGGCUGCCAUCUUACCGUGGAGCAUCUGUGUGGUGAAUGGACAGAUGUCCUUGAGAUGACGAUAUGCUCUCUACAGAGACUGUGCAGAGAGCAUGUCAGAGGACACUGAUUUUUCUGGGGAGAAAUAUGGAUGACCUGCUCAUAGGAAAUAACCCUAAAAACCCAGUCUCCUGUGGGGCCGACUCAGUUCUGUGGGGAAUCGGUGGCCUUGUGUUUUUCGGAGAAGAGAGCUGAUGAAGCCCGGCCUGUGCUGACAGACUAAAGCAGAGCCUCUUAAUGUGGGAUCCAUGAAAUGGUGGUGGUUAAAACUAUUUUGAUGCUCAUUUUAGUAGCAUAGGUUUCUUUUGUAAUGAUCUGUACUUUAUCUCCCAGAGGCUUUCACCAGAUUGCCAGAAGGCUCCAUCCCAUAACUGAAGCCUCCUUAUCUGGGGUUGGGGUCUUUGAUCCUUUUCCACACCAUCCCCUUAACGAGAUUCUACAGUGGGGCUCGAGCAGCAAGCGCCUUUGAAGACUUCAUGGGGGUCACAACACAGUCAGGUGUGUGAACCCACCGGCCCGUCCCCAGAACUUCGGAGCCUUCAGAAGAGCUGGGCCUGGUGCCAGAAAAUCUGAAGUGAGGAGCUGUUUGCUGCUCUAGCUUCAGAGAGAGUUAGAUCAGUGGGUUUUUGUGGGAAGAGAGCAAGCCUCCGCGACCGUCCAUCUUCAUAUGGGAAACCAAUUUGGUGGAAGCCAUGAUUCCAAGUGAGUGAUCUCAUGAAGAACAGACAGCUGUCGCCGCCACCGCCUUGUUUGUGGUUCGGAAAGAAGGCCUGGCAAAUUCAGGGGAGAAUUUGGGCUUCAGGUGCAUGUCAGGGAGGAGGAAAUUAAAUUUGAUGGUCUAUGAAACUGCAUUUGGGGGUGUAACAAUUGGAAUGAUGCCCCCUGCUGGAGACUUACUGUAGAAGAGUUCCGCCCAUGAAGUGAAGGUCUUUGAGGGCAAGACCAGGAGUCUUUUCUUUGGCGUCAGGCAGUGACGCUGGC